UCCACACCCUGUCACCCAUCAUAGAGGAGAAAAUGCUGUAAAUGCAGAGAAUUGGAACUCCAUGGACCCCACCACCUCACAGGGCCCCUCCACAACACGAAUAAGAACAGCCUGUGAUGAAGCUGUGAACGCUACAUUUCACCUCACCACCUCCUCCUGAAAACAAAACAAAAACACUACGCAAAACCCAAAACACACAUUUCAUCAUUCUCUUCUCUCUGUUUUCCUCUCUGAUUUCUUCUUGAGCUCAAAUUUUGCAGAGCUUUCAAAACAGAGCCAACAGCAACAGCAACUUGCUUCAGAUUUUCCAACCAUGCCCGCAAGCCAAUCACUCCCAGUCUCACAAGGCCUUCAAGAUCCAUUAACAGAGCAGCCAGGCCUGCGCAGGAGGCUCUCUUCUCUCUCCCUCAAGCUACAGCCCAUCUCAUCCCCUGCAACAUCAUGGGCCUUGAGCAGAUCCAAAUCGGUUUCCGCCAUGGGAGAGUAUGCAGGAGGGUCCAUAAGAAAAUGGUGGCUCUGGGGGUGGACUUGGAUCCUUUCCAGAAAACCCAUCUUUGCUCAAGAUCUGGAGAUGAACGAGGAGGAGACUAAAGUUCUUGGCUCUGACAACAGAGGAAGCUGGAGGCAUGUGUUCUUCAAGGUCAGGUCAGAGCUCAAGAGGCUCGUGGGUUCUGAUGUGGACAGCCUUCCUCAAACUUAUAGGUACAAUUUUGAUGACGGGAGAACCAAAACCAAGAAAAUGCUUGGCUGAGAUUAAUUGGUAAGUGUUGGUUUGUGAAAUUAAUCAACAAAGGUCGGGCCUUUAUGGAUCAAAAGUGUACUUGUUAAUGUUCUUGUUCAUGUUCCUGCAUGAAGAUCAUUAUACCAUUGUAAUUAGAUAGGUUCAUGUUGUUGUUGCUGUUGUUGUUGUUCUAUUAUCUGUUACGUGGGCUUGCUGUGGAAGAAGGUGGUUCAUUAAUGGUGGUCAGAUUUCUCUGCAAUUUGUGACAAAUUGAGGUGAUGGGGGCACUAAUAUUCCAACAUUCAGCAAUGGGAAUUGCAGGGUUUGCUUGCUGCUCAUCAUUUACCAGAGGUUCAUGGGAUGGUUAGAGAGAGAGAGAAAGAGAGCAGUUUAUUGAUUAGUAAAUACUCCAAUAUGGUUGUUAUUUUUUUAUUUUUUUUAUUGAAAGCAAUAUUUUUUUUUUUGCAGGUUCCAUUAUUUGUAUAAGUGGCUCUUUAUGAGCUAGUUAAUUGCUAGUAAUGAAAUAUUUAUAAUUAGCUCC